AUGGCUCACUCCGCUCAAAUACAGCCAACGGAAAACCUCAACUCCAUGUUCCCAGACGCAGGUGGUGUGGAAAACAUGGCUAAUGAGACGUUGGUCGAUUCUUACCGGUCGCUGGAUCCCUCUCGCGCCUCGCUGGAGGACUACAACCGCUCCAUGCUGCAGUACACCCAGCGCCAAAUGUCUUCCUUUGUUGACGCGGACGACCCUCGCCGUCAGAGCCAGAGCAGCGGCAAGAGUGGUCGGAGCAGCGCCUCAAGCGGCAGCAAUCUGUCUCGACAGGCUACUGCGUCUUUCACGUCUGCCAGCAGUGCUGGUCACUCUGCUGAGCACAACCUCAGUAGCCGCGAGACCGCCGACGCCAAGGCAGCUGGAUAUUAG